CUUUGGUUUAGUGAAGCCGAAUGGUUUAGAUACGACAAAAACGGAUAUUAGUUGCGUUAAUUUGAUACACCUUAAAUCUAAAAUUCAGGGUCUGUCCGCAGGUAACAGUGUGGUCGCGUUUAUCAGAAAUAAUGGGAGACUAGUGUCUGUCGCACAGAUUCAAGAGGACCAAGAUGGGAGAAGAUUCACAGGGAAACUGAACAGACAUGCCCCAGCUCCUGUUGAUUGCCUGAAUCUGAAGAAGACUGUUUUGAUUUCAUGUGGAGGAGAACAUACUGCCGUUCUGACAAAGGGAGGUGUGGUGUUUACAUUUGGCUCAGACCGCUAUGGACAGCUUGGACACAACUUUCUCCGAGAUGAACUACGUCCUUGAGUGGUGGGGCAACUCUGGGGGUCAAAGGUGACCCAGAUAGCCUGUGGAAGACACCACACAUUAGCAUUUGUCAGGCCCUCCAAUAAGAUCUACUCAUUUGGGUGCGGAGAGCAAGGGCAGCUGGGAAAUGGAGUAAAGAUUGAUCAGUCUGUGCCCCUUCCAGUACAACUGCCAGACCAGAUUGAUGACCAGAAAAUGGAACACAUUUUUGCUGGAGGAAACCAUUCCUUUGCAUUGUGCACUCUUGGUCAGGAGUCUGAAGAAAGGUCUAACAAUCUCAGGUCAAGUGUGGGCAAAGUGACACAACAAACUAUAGAUGAAGAAAUCAUUGACAAAUGGAUCUCAGAAUGUGAUUCAAAAUCAUGGAAAAAAGGACAGAAGGAUAUCACCAAAAUGUUUUCUUCUGCAUCAUGUUUAAAUGGGAGUUUUCUUGAUAAAAGUUGUGACAAACAUUACCAAACCUCACCAAAACAGUCUGGCCUGGAUUUUUCACUUGUCCAAGGCGCAUUCCGGAAGCUGGCGAAAAAGGACAAAGUUUUGACUGAGGUUGAAGCUGUUGUCCAGCACACACUGCUUCCCUCCCUGUAUGAGGAGCCCAUUGGAGUGGAGGGCUUGAGGGUCUACCUGGUUCUCCCUGAGCUCCUGAGGGUCCUUCACAAACAGCACAGAAGGACAGAUCUCACCAAAGCCGUUGCUGCUGCUAUCCUCAGACUGCACCCCGACAAGCUGCAGGUCCUCGUUGACUGGUGGUCCUCACUGAAGCUCUCUGUCGCGACCAAGCACAUUAGGAUGUGGAAGAAGGCCCUAUCGGUGAUUCUGACAACUACCCAUCUCCGCACCCCUGGCCUCAAACACCUGUUCCAGGUCCUCGACCAUCUCCACAGAGCAAACCAAAAGGCUGGUGGGGCCCAGAUUGUUCCCGACAGUUCUUUUUGUUUGGAGGAUACUGAGUUCCAUCCCAUGUUCCUAGAGGAAGAUGUGAAGCUUUGGCGUUCAUUGUCAAAGCAGGAUCAGACAACUGCCAUCUUUUGUCGUUACCCAUUCUUGAUGAAUCUGCAGAGCAAGAUAAACGUUUUUAACAUCAAUGCUGCACUCACAAAGAAUCCCCCUAACAAUCGCCAAAGGACUGGCAUGUGGCCUUUUGACAUGUUCCCCGUGGCGGCUCCUGCUCCGUUCUUUGAGCUGAGGCUGAGGAGAGCAUCACUCAUCGAAGACACUUUCCAUCAACUGAGUGUAGCAUAUCACAGUACCUUCAAGAGGUCCAUUGUGGUGUAUUUCGACGAGGAUGCGACGCUGACAGCUGUCUACAAAAGGGACUACUUCCUCCAUUUGUUUGAUAAGCUGUUGGUUCCCGAAUCUGGGAUGUUCAUGUACAACGACACCAACACGCUGGCCUGGUUCCCUGCAAUGCCUAGAGUGGAGGAGAAGCGUUAUUUCCUGUUUGGGGUUCUGUGUGGGAUGGCCCUGUACAACAACAACAUGGUGCACCUCCCCUUCCCCAUGGCCUUCUUCAAGAAGCUGGUGAACAUCAAGCCCUCUUUAGAGGACCUGAGAGAGUUUAGCCCCAUUGAAGCUGGGAGUUUGCAGUACAUCUUGGAUUACCCUGAUGAUGAUGUUGAAAACAUGGACAUGACUUUCUCAGUGAUGUGGGGUGACGUAGUGGUGGAACUUGAUCCUAAAGAAACUGGAAAACUCGUCACAAGUGCUAACAAGAAGGAGUUUGUUGACACCUAUGUGAACUACAUCUUCAACCAGUCAGUAGAGGUGGUGUUUGAAGAGUUCAGGAAAGGCUUCUUCAAGGUGUGUGACAUGGAUGUGGUGGAGUUCUUCCAGCCAGAGGAACUGAGGGGAGUGAUGGUUGGGAAGGAGAACUUCGACUGGGAAACGCUGAAACAGAACACUGUAGGAGAGUACCAUGCUGGGCAUCCCAACAUCGUCACAUUCUGGGAGGUGUUUGAGGAACUGACAGAGGAUCAAAAGAAAGCGUUCCUGUUGUUCCUGACUGGCUGUGAUCGUGUGCCCAUCCUGGGUAUGAACCAGAUCAGGAUGAGGGUCCAAACCCUUCUCAACUCCUCCCAACAGCAUUUUCCAGAGGCGCUGACCUGUCACUCUCUGUUGCAGCUGCCCAUCUACCCCUCCAAAGAGACACUACAGAGCAGGCUUAUAGAGGCUGUUGGCCACAACAGAGGCUUCUGGAAUGAAUAAUGGGUGUAUAGUGUUGCUGCUGUAUAUACUCCUCUCCUGAGUUCAUCUUUUCAUUGUUCUAUAGUUGGGUUUAAGAUUUGGAUUGUUUUAAUGUAGGGUUGUAUUUCAAAUCCUAACUUGAGAUCUGUGUGGUACUAUGACAUUAUCAUAUUGCAUUCAUCAAAUGUUAUUAAAAUAUUUAUAAAUCAACAA